AAAAAAAAAAAAAAACGAAAUUUUAUUUGAUCAUACUAUUUUUUUCAUUAUUUUUUUGUUUGUCUUAUUCAGGAAUAUCAUCUUCAAAAUGCUCUCGAUGCUCAACGACGACUUGGUUCGGCAAAAAUUCGUGCUGUACCUAUACCUGAUUUAUAUGAAGAUACAAAUAGUCAAUCAAUAUAUCCAGCUAUUAAUCAAUUACCUAAACAACUUAUUCGUUUACAACCUUUACAACUUGAAUCCGAUGAACCUGAAUAUGAUAUGGAUAGAAUUGAUCAUGAUUGGUUUAAUGAAUAUGGUCGAAUAUCUUGUCCAAAUCUUACAUAUCUUGAAUAUGAAAUCAUUAUUGAUAAACUUGAGAAUGCAAGUACACGAACACUUAUAUCAUUGGAUGAAGCACGUACAUUACUUUCAAAUAUUGAUGAAACACAUUUAAAAAAUGUUUAUGAUUUUUGGUAUAAACGACGAACAACACGGGACAAACGAUUGAAACCACGAUUGCUGACAGAACGUGAUAUUAAAGAAGAAAAAGGCAAACAUCAUCCUUAUGUGGCAUUUAGACGACGAGUCGAAAAAAUGACCACAAGAAAAAAUCGAAAAAAUGACGAGCAAGCAUAUUUGUCUAUGCUCAAAUUACGUUCAAAUUUCGAAGCCGUCGUAAAAUUAACAAGUUUGAUCAAAAUUCGAGAAACAACCAAAGCAUCAUUGCUCGAAUGUGCUCUAUCCAUAUUUCAAGCACGAUGUGAAUUGAAACCGGAUGAUGAAGCAUCAUCAACGACAACAUCAUCGACAAACACGUCUAUCACAUUACCGACAAACCAUGAUCGACAUUCUCAUCAUCAUCAUCAUCAUCAUGCCCGUUCUAAUUUAAAAACAUCUUCAUUAUUGAACAGUAAUAGUAGUUUAACAACUGCACAACAUCAACAAUUGUUAACACAAUUGAUACGUAUGGAAAAUCAUAAGAAAAAUUCAUUAUCAUCAUCAACAUUAGCUAGUCUUUUACAAACUCCUAUACAAUCACAACAAAUACGAACAUUAUCAAAUGAUUCUAAUGAUAUUUUACAACCGAAAUUGAAACGUUUUAAAGCAUCUGAUUCUUCGAUGAACAAUAAUAAUAUUUCAUCAUCGAAAAAACUCUUUCGAAAGUUAAAUCAUACUGACAAACUAACACAAUUGUUGUCUUCACCGACUACACCAUCAUCUCCUAUUGUACAUAAUUUGGCAUUGCCACCAUCCACAUCCAUACCACAAUCUAUACUUGAACGAUUGUCACCAGGAAAUAUAUUCUCAUCUCAAUUACAACAACAACAAUCUGGUCGACGUCGUUCAAAAAAUUCUCUAUCAGGGACAAUAAAACAAGGAAAAAGUCAUCGAAAUCUUCCACUUGCAGAUUUAUGGUCCCUUACAGAAAAUUCAUCAAGUGGUACAAUCUUGCUUAAAGCUCAACUUCUCGAAGCAGCUAAAAAAUUGCAACAAAAAGAAGAGCUUGAAAACAACACAAAUCGUCGUGUUAUUUUACAAGAUGGUUCAUCUAUAUUGUCUAAUUCAAAUGAGAAUAUAAAUAAUUCAUUUGAUGGAAUAGGAACGAGUAUUGAUGAUGAAGAAUCUAUGGAUCCUUGGCAAUUUCGGCCAAAAGCUGGAUGUAGAUAUCUAAGGCCGAUUGAUCAAGAUCAACAACAGCAUAUGUUACCUCGACGUUCGACGUUUUCAUCAUAUUAUUAUGUGGCUUGUUCUGAACGAGGCCAUAUUGGCAAACGACGUAUGCGGUUAGGACGGGGCGGAAGACUGCUCUAUGAUCGUCAUAUUGAACAGGAGAAUAAAGAUUUAACAGAUGAAACAUUUCUAUCAUCACAUAUCACAGACAAGUAUGUAUUCAAUCAAAAACCCGUGUUAUGGCGUCUUUCAUCUCGACCAUUACUUAAAGAAUCCUAUCGUCUUCAUUCAUAUUUAACCGUUAAUGAUCAUACGAUGUCAUUAGCACAUCAUUAUCAAUCGAAUUCAUCGAAAAAUUCGUCGAUUUAUUUAAAUAAUUCAUAUUCUGAUAUAAAUAAUACUUUAUCGCUAAAUACGACUGGUAAAGAUGUACCAUUAUUAUCAUCAUCUAUUGAGCUUGAUCAUCCAUAUUCAUGUUCAUCACGUCGUAUUCAUCAAGCUUUAUCGACAUUAACUGAACCACAACCACCAUCACCAUCAUCACCACCACCAUUAUCAUCAUCUAAUUCAAUAUCUACAUCACAACAAAUGAUGUUAAUAUCAACACCACCUACACCACCACCAUCAUCGACGAUAAAUAAUCAUGAUAUUGAUAUUUCACAACAAGAACAACCCGAACAACAACAACAACAACAAUUCUAUACGAAAUCAUCAUCAACAUAUGUUCUUUCUCCAACAACACCCGUUUUUUCUUCACAUCAUCCGUCAUAUGUUAUUCCAUCAACACCACCGCCAUCAUCGUCAUCAUCAUCAUCAUCAAUACCAACAAAACAAACACCAUCAUCAUGUGGUCUUGUACAAUUAGUUCAACUUCAUCGUAUACAUCCUCCAACGAAGACGCAUAAAUUUGCAUCAUCAACACCGGUGACUACAUUCGAUUCUUGA